ACGGGAGCAACCUCUGCGCUUUGUAGGACCUCGGGGAGGGUUCGAGUGACCCGUCUCGGUCGCCGCUCCGCACACGGACUUCGAUGACGGUGCUGGCUUUCAUGGACCCGGCGCAGGCGUCAGUGACCUUCAAGGAUGUGGCAGUGACCUUUACUCAGGACGAAUGGGGGCAGCUGAACCCUGCCCAGAGGACUCUGUACUGGGAGGUGAUGUUGGAGACCUGUGGGCUCCUGGUCUCUCUGGGAGCCAGAGCAAAAUCAGAGACUACAGAGCCAACCAUUUCUCAGCUGCUCUUGUCCAAGGGACCCUCACUUGAGGUGUGGAUGACACAGGGAGCUUCAGGGGACUCCAGGAUUGGAGAAACCAAAACUCAGGAAGUGCCGUCAGAAAUGCAGGAGGGAGUCUUAAGGCCAGUGACAGACCGCCACAAGGAGACUGGCCCUGGGAACGUGAGCCCUGAGUGCAAUGAGUUGGGGACAGAUGACAAUCUACACUCAAGGGUUUUACAAGAGCGAGCCUCUCCAGUAGGUGAUGCACACAGACGAGGUAAAGACCCCAUGGGUCGUGCAGGGAAGAACCAUUGUGAAUAUAGUGAAUGCAGGACUGUCAGGAACCAGGAUCUUGCACAACAUGACUGUAUUCGUGCUGAAGUAAAGCCCUAUGAGUGUGUACAGUGUAGAAAGGCCUUCAGCUCUACGUCAGACCUCAUGCAGCACCAACAGAUUCAUACUGGAGAAAAACUUUUUGAGUGCAAAGAAUGUGGAAAAGCCUUCAAACAUAAGUUCCACCUCACAUACCACCAGCAGAUUCACACUGGAGAGAAGCCCUAUGAGUGCCAUGACUGUGGAAAGACCUUCACCUUCAAAUCUGUAUUUGUCCGCCAUAGUAAGAUCCACACUCAAGAGAAAGCCUUAGAGUGCAAAGAAUGUGGAAAUGCCUUUAAGCAGAGGUCCCACCUCAUGUAUCACCAGCGUAUUCACACUGGAGAGCAGCCCUUUGAGUGCAAUGAAUGUGGAAAGACCUUCACCCAAAUUUCAUCUUUUUUCCAGCACAAUAGUAGCCACACUGGAGAAAAAUCCUUUGUAUGCAAAGACUGUGGGAACUCCUUUUCAAACAGGUUUAAUUUGAGUCAGCACAUGAAGAUUCACACUGGCGAGAAACCCUAUGAGUGCCGUGAGUGUGGAAAAGCUUUUUACCGCAAGUCACACCUCACAGAGCACCGACGGAUUCACACUGGAGAAAAGCCCUAUGAAUGCAGCAAAUGCGGAAAGUCUUUUGCCUACUACUCUGGUUUUGUCCAACAUACUUGGAUCCACACUGGUGAGAAACCCUUUAAGUGCAAAGAAUGUGGGAAAAGCUUUUGCUCCAAGUUUAACUUGAGUCAACACGUGAUGAUGCACGUUGGAAGGAAGCCCCACGAAUGCAAUAAAUGUGGAAAGGCCAUCGACCAACACUCGUCUUGUGUUCAUCACAGGACCCACACUGGAGAAAAACCAUUUAAAUGCAAAGUCUGUGGGAAGGCCUUUUGCUACAUCUCUAGUUUAAAACGACACAUGAAGAAGCACACUGGAGAGAGAAGCUCUGUGAGUGCAUCAAGUUGGGAAAGCUUUCAUUCUCAAGUCACACCUCAUAAAACACCAGCAGAUCAGCCAGUAAAUGUGGAAUGGCCUUCACUGAACACUCAUCAUUUAUCCAGUGUAAUAGGAUCCUCACUGUAGGAAACAAUAUUUUUUACUCCUUUAUGAAAUACCAAAAUGCCCCUCCUUUGCUCUCCUGUUCCCUAUGGUUAAGUCCUCUCACUCACCUCUCCCUCACACCUCUACAGCCUAUUUUCUCCAAGGCUGCUGGCUCCUGAGAGGGCUUGAGGUGUUUCCUGCUUAGUGUAGUUCUCUGAAGCCGUAACACCUGGUGUCAAAUCCUAACUCUGCUGACUAGGAGCUGUAUUGCCCUGUGCAGGUUAAUAAUCUCUCUCUGCCUCGGUUUCUCAUUGGUAAAAUGGGUAAUUUAGUAACGUAGUAUUUACUUCACAGGGCUGUUGUGAGAGUAAAUGGUUUACUGUAUGACAAAACUGAGAACAGAAUCCAUUUCUCCAAGUGUAUGUGGGUUGGCAGUUAUGAUCCCCGCUGAUGUUGUUACUUACUAUUGAUAGCGCCAUUGUUAUUGUCAUCGUCUUUGUCAUGUCUGGAUUCAAGACCUUUGGAGCAAUUUUGUGAAGCUUUAUGAUUAAACAUCAUAGAUACCAGAGACAGCCAGACCUGGAUUCCCAACUUGGAUCAGCUGCUUACCAUUUCCAUCUAUUUCAGCAAAUCAGAUUAUUUCCUUGACCU